UUGUUUCGUCAUCUUAAAGUUUUCUUUGUACCUUGCCCUGUAGCCUGAAACCUCAGGUGGUUCAUGUCUUCGAUCUAUCUCCACGCUGCAAUCGGUGAAGGUCGCGAGGCAAUAGAGGGAGGUGGAAGAGGAGAAGGGGGUAUGAUGCUGGGACCUGUAGGUCGUGACUUCUUCUGGGGAGAUGGGAGAGAUUUCACGGCAGAACACGAUCAUCAACGCUUCAUUCCAAAAGAGCUCCUUCUUUUUGAACCCACCGCCCGCUCUCAACACCCAUGUGCUCCCAUCUUCUUCAGCCAACAUGAACACCACUAUGAUAUCCAAGAUCAGGUGGGAGUACAACAUGCCGCAGGUGCCGGCUCGAGUGAUCAUCCAACAACUUGUGAUCAUGGAAUCAACUUGGAUGAUUCUUCAAGUAAAACCCACAUAACAGAUGGUCAUCAUGAUCACCAGAGUGAUUACAGUCAGCAUGAGCAAGAUGACCAUCCUCGCCGUUGUGAUCGCCAUCGCGACAACCAUCUUGAUCAACAGAGGUUAUCUAGAGAGUGCAACAGCUAUAACCAUCCGAUAAGAACAUGCGUGGACUGUAACACAACCAAGACGCCUCUCUGGAGAAGCGGUCCCCUUGGACCCAAGUCUCUAUGCAAUGCUUGUGGGAUCAGGCACCACAAGGCAAGGCGAGCUCGAGCAGCAGCAGCAGCAGCGGCUGCUGCUGCUGCAGCUGCUGCUCAAACGGGAGAAAAUUGCUAUUCAUCACCGGUUAAAGCCAAGCUGAAGAAGGAGAAAAGGUCGGAACAGACUAAAUCAGCCACCAACGUUAAGAAGAGAAGCAAGCUCUUCACCACCCCACGUAGGAGGAGGGGCCUGUGCUUAGAUUUGGACCUGAACUGUCCAAUAGAUCAAGAUGACAACCUGCAGUAUCCUGAAACACCCAAGCAGCUUGAUUUCUCGGUGGAAAUGAGCAAGCCCGUGCCUUUCAAGAGAGUGUUCCCUGAAGAUGAGGAGCAAGCUGCCAUCUUGCUAAUGGCCCUUUCCUGUGGUCUUGUUCAUGGCUGAACCUUGAUAUCUGGAUCGACGCUACGUAGGAAACCAGAAUGUGGUUCUCUUUUUUACCAUGUACUACUCUAUUUGUCACGUGGUUCUUCCAAUAAGAAACUGCGGUAAACCCAUUAAUAAGAACUAGUCGUGUGUUUGAAAUUAAA